CGCCGUCACCAGCGCUGCUGCUCAGAAGCCGAAGAGACCAGGCUGCCGCCCCGCCGCCCCGCUGUCGGCUCCGUGUCUGCAGGACUCGUUCCAACAGCCUGGAAAACAUGGUGGAUUACUGUGAAGUUCUAGGCGUGCAGAGACAGGCCUCCGCUGAGGACAUUAAAAAGGCCUAUGGGAAACUGGCAUUGAAGUGGCACCCAGAUAAAAAUCCUGAGAAUAAAGAAGAAGCGGAGAGGAAAUUCAAACAAGUAGCUGAGGCGUAUGAGGUGCCCUCUGAUGCUAAAAAACGGGACGUCUAUGACAGAUGCGGCAAAGGAGGAUUCAAUGGUGGAGGUGGAGGUGGAGGUGGAAGUCACUUCGACAACCCGUUCGAGUUCGGCUGCACAUUCCGGAACCCAGAUGACGUGUUCAGGGAAUUUUUUGGUGGAAGGAACCCGUUUUCAUUCGACUUCUUUGAAGACCCAUUGGAUGACUCCUUUGGAACCCGGCGGGGUCCGCGUGGGAGCAGGAACCGGGGAACCACCUCGUUCUUCUCCGCCCACGGGGUUCCCGGCUUCGGUGGAGGGUUUCCAGCUUUUGAUGCAGGAUUUACUUCCUUCGGGUCAAUAGGCCAUGGGGGUCUCACUGCAUUCUCUUCCUCGUCAUUUGGUGGUGGUGGCAUGGGCAACUUCAAGUCCGUAUCGACUUCUACCAAAAUUGUUAACGGAAGAAAAAUCACUACAAAGAGAAUUGUCGAGAAUGGUCAAGAAAGAGUAGAAGUUGAAGAAGACGGCCAGUUAAAGUCCUUGACGAUAAAUGGUAAGGAGCAGCUGCUACGCUUGGAUAACAAAUAAUUCAACGCACACAUGUAACAGAGAUGUUAACUGUGACAAGCACCAUUUGAGGACUAACAGGAACAUUUUUUUGAAGAUUUCAGAUGAACUCGAGUUUCAGUAUA